AAAUCGCAGGUCCAAAAUCAUCUUCUUUGUUCCUCGGAGCAUUCAUCUUCAGAAUGCGAAACCAUUACUAGUUUCAACUCUGCAUCUAAUUACCUUUGCAGAUCCGAUCCUAACUGAGAUCUAGUCUUCUUCUCGAGAUCUGGUACUAGAAGAGAGCUCCAAUAACAAAUGGGGGUGCUGAUCGAAAGCUCUGUUUGGGAACCCGUUCCCUCCAUUCACAUCUUCAUUUUCCUCUCUUGCUUUUUCUCACUUUCUCUCUUCCCUUACUACCUCUCCAAACACGCCCCUGUAAAGUCCCCUUCUCCCUUCGACCAUGCAACUUUCUCUCCACGAUUCCAGCGCAACUUUCUCUUCAUCUAUUCCCUCGCCGCCGUGAUGCAAGGAGUGUGGUCGGUUUAUGGAGAGUACGAGCUUGCUUACUAUGGGGUGAGCAAACAGGAGACUGUUUCGUAUUUGUGUAUUGGAUUUGGAGCGUCGCUUUUGCUGGGUAGUUUCUUAGGCGUGUUUUCUGAUUUAAUGGGUCAAGAGAAGUUCUGUUUGCUCUUCUGCAUUCUACACCUCUUUGUUGGUAUAUUAAAGAGGAUAACUUCAGGUCCAAGCAUCUGGAUAGCAAACAUCUGUUUGUCUCUUGCCACUUCGGUAUUUUCAUUCAGUUUUGAGACGUGGGUGGUUGUCGAACAUAAAAGGGUCUGCACAACUAAACUUUCUACCCUCUUGUGAUGUUCACAUUGGGAAAAACUUUUGAAACAAAACCCUGUUAUUCCUGCUUAUGGUUUUGACUGUGACUCUUAAUGGGCACAUAUUGCAUAAGAAAAAACUUCUGUAGCUAAGUUGUUGGUGCUAAUGAGUUGAAUUUUGCAGCUAGGUCACAGACAAGAUGCUUUGAAUGAUACAUUCUGGUUAAUGACUUUCUUUGAGUCUGCAUCUUUAAUUGGAAGUCAGGUGCUUGCCAAUUGGAUGUUGGGUAGUAAUUUGGAGAAAGGCAUAGCUGGUCCUUCUUCUGCAGUUAUCUUUCUGGCAAUAAUGGGCAUCAUCUUUGUGUCCGGAAGUUGGAAAGGGACUUCAGAGACGCCUCCAUUUAAGGAUUAUAGGGUGUCAUUCUAUUCAUACAUUCUUGAUGAUAAAAGGAUAUGGCUACUAGUAUUCGCCCAAGCUUGCCUUCAAUUUUCAGUUGUAAUUUUCUGGAUUCUUUGGGCCCCAACCCUUGUGGCUGAUGGACGAGAAGUGCAUCUAGGGUUGGUAUAUCCAUGUUUGAUGGGUGCAAGGAUGCUUGGGAGCACUGUCUUUCCAUGGCUUAUUAGUGCAUCACUUCGUACUGAGGAUUGCCUAGCAUGUGCAUUUCUUAUACUGGGGUUGGUUAUGUCCAUAAUUGCUUAUGAUUAUCAGGAAAUUGGAAUUCUAGUGACAUUGUUUUCUUUAUUCCAUGCCUGUGUUGGCCUGAUUCUUCCAUUGCUUGCGCGAUUGAGGACAAUGUAUGUACCAAAUGAGUUGCGUGGAGGGAUGAUAAGCCUUUCUCUAGCUCCCGCAGAUGCAGCAGCUCUGCUUUUUCUAAUGCAGAGAGGCUAUUAUCAGAACAUUGAGAAUUCAACAAUGAUUGCAUUUGCUGCCAUUGGGCUAUGCAUUGCAGCUGGCUGCAUGAAUGCUUUGAAACGGUGGGGAAAGCAACCAUACCAAAACUGGCACAAAUCAUGAUGUUUUCCUUCUCCAAUCUCCAUACAUGCUGAAAUUGAUGGAUUCUUGGAGUCUGUCAAUUUCAAGUGGGUGAAACAGAAAGAACUUAUGCACCAUCCACUUCUAAGUGAGGCAUGCUGGAGGCACUCGUAUAUGGGAAAAAGAACACAGAAGCAGAUCCAGAGAAUCUAUGUGGAGUCCAAGUUUCAAGAAUUAACAGAAUUAGAGUGAUGAAUCUUAAUUCAAUUUCUAUGACAAACUAUUAGCUGAAAGUUGGGUAGUGUGUAACUCUCUUGACUCUUGGCUCUCACCACAUCGUACAGGCAUUUCUCAGCCAGGACGGAUGUGAAAGACUGCUAGGGAGCAAGCAACAUGAUAAGCUAGCUAGCCGCCAUAUUAAGGGGUUAAGUGCAUUGUCAAUAAUGGAGAAAUGCACCAGUUGGCCUGGAGGAUGGACUGUUAAGAUGGGGAUGUGGUUAAUAGAAGUUCAAACGUUCUUUUGGAAACAUCCUAUGCUAAUGCAUGGCAAACUCAUUGAUAAUUACAAUUUUGGUGGCAAUUGAGCUUUAAUUUAUUAUCUGUUUAAUUUU